AUGCCGGUGACCAACGAAUUCACGGGAUCCUCGCUCCUGGAGGAUGAGGCGGUGGUGCUAAAGGACUACGCCGUUGGCCAGCGCCUUGGCGAGGGCAGUUUUGGCUCCGUCUAUCACGUGACAUACGUCCCGUCUGGCGAGUCAUUUGCGCUGAAGAUUCUGCCGAACGACUGCUUCUUCGGCUGUGCCGCACGGAUUGUACAGGAGGCAACAGUCAUGCAGUCGCUUGAGCAUCCGCAUGUGGUGAAGAUGUACAAGUUCCUGCAGAGCACCUCCUCCUUUUACUUUUUGCUGGAGUUGGCGGAGGGGGGUGAGCUGUUUGACCUCAUUAUCUCCGAAACGUACUUCUCGGAGGAGAAUGCGCGGCGGUACUUUCAGCAGCUCAUCUCCGCCCUUGACUACUGCCACGGAAAAGGUGUGGCCCACGGGGACUUAAAGGCGGAGAACCUGCUGCUUGGGAAGAACAAGAGCUUGCUUGUGUGUGACUUUGGCUUCUCCAGCCGCCCCGAGCUCGAGGAGCUCGACGACGAGGACAUGAGUGAGCAGGGAGGGGAGCUGCAUCCGGCUGGGACGAUGCACUACAACUCCCCCGAGUCCUUCUCGGACCCCGAAAGCCCCGCCGCACAGGAUCCCUUUCUGCAGGACCUAUGGAGUGCGGGGGUCAUUCUGUUUUUUAUGCUCACCGGACGUCUACCUUUUGACGGCCGCAACGAUGAAGAGACCAUGCACCUUAUUGGAGGCGGGAAGGUCAGUCUUCAGGAAGAGGAGGAGCGACGCCUGAGUCCAAGCGCCAAGUCAAUUUUGUUCUCUAUGCUCGCCCACGAGCCAAACGACCGUCCGACGCUGCAGCAAAUCAUUGAGGAUGAGUGGUUUGGCGAAAGCUUUGAUGCCGCGCUCUUUCCCCACCGCAAGUUCCUCAGGAGGUCCGUCACGUUCCUUGACUUCUCGCAGAAGCAUGUCGUGACCCGCGAGGAGGAGGACGCGUUGCGGGCGGCGUUUGACAAAAUUGCCAUUGACGGCUACGACGACAUCACGCGUGACGAAAUUCGGGACAUGCUUGCCACCCUGCACGGGGGCCGGGUGGACGCGGAGGAUGUCGCGGAGCUGAUGCAGCUCCUCACCGGAGACGCCGCGAGUGAGUCCGUGACCUAUAAGCAGUUUCGUGAGGCGUGGGUCAAGAAGGACCUCGGGAGGCAGGCCUUUCGGGCCAAUAACGACUUCCAGUUGUUGAAAAUCAUGGAUACGCAGACGGUGGUGGCGGAAAAGAAGGAGGUGCGGCAGCUGCGCUCUGCCUUUGACAGCAUGGAUGAGCUUCACACCGGAGCGAUCACGGUGGAUCAAUGUAGGCGGCUGUUUGAGCGCCGCAGGAUUAGCGCGACCGCGGAGGAUAUCCAGAGCCUCAUACGCUUCUUUGACGAGCCCAACAGCUCCGGCGGCGGGGGCAUUACAUUUGAUAAGUUUGUGAAGGGAGUGAUGAAGCGCGAGGUGCUCGUGCGGCACCCGAUGGGGAAAAAACUCGCCGAUGCCACCAAUCUGUCGGAGAUGCUGCAGCUGCACAACGAGUACGAGUGCGUGAAUCAUGGCUUCUUUGUGGCCGGGGAGCAAGACGCCAUAGCGGAGAAGCUGCGCAGCUGCCCAGAGCGCCUUGUGACGAUACUCAUCGACGACCUCGCGUCGAGGACGGCCACCGUGCACUCGUUUCGCUACCGCGGCUCCGCCGCGAUGGAGUCCGGCAUCUCGAUGGAGGCCGCCAUGCGCUCCCUGCUGUCCUCCACCACCGAGGCGGCGGACGUGGGGGGGAUGGGCCUCUCCACGGGGGACUGCCCGCUGGGCCUCGUUCGGGCCCGCGGCUCGUGGCCCCCCUCCCUCUCGAAGUCGCUACCGCGCAAUUCGCUCCUCAGUACCCCCAACGGCGCGCAGGUCGUCAACCACCCACCAUUGCAGUUUAUGGACCCCACGACGCAGGCGGUGGCGCUGCAGACGCGCCGCAAAUUUUUUCGUGACCCCGGCGGCGGCAAACUGCUGGUUGGCGUGUGCGACGUCGAUGUGAUUAUGGCCUCGGCGAGCCGCGGCUACACCCUUGUGCGUCUCCGCCGCAUUCAAGGCCAAACCAGCGACUUUCACGAGGCGGUGGCGUACAUCUCCAACCUGCUCAAGGCGGAGCGGGAGCAGGCCAUGAAAGACACCCUUCCAUGCGGCGAGAGCGAGCUGCUGUGA